CAUUCCGGUAACCCUGAAAAGAAGAAGAAUGCGGGGAACAAGAAAGCGGAAAUGGAGGGAGCGGGCUGGGUGGAGGGGGUGGUAUGAGAAAUAUAUCGUGCGUUGCCCACCGUUGUUUACGUUCGCUUGUGUUUAUCGCUUUUCGUUCCGAUUUUAACACGUAAAAUGGUAAAGGUAUGGUGUCAGGGUCGAUAUAUGUGUGCAGAGAAGAUUUUAGUUGCUAGAGAACAUUUGCGAUUGAAAUUUCUGAACGAGUUUGUGAUUUUUACAUUUUUUAUACAUUUUGACUGGUUUAACCUGCCCUCCACACAUAGAAUCAUUUCUUUGACAAUUUUCGGUUUACUAACGGACUGUUGAUGAACCCUGUAAGAGAUUUGGUACCGAUACAUGGUAUUUAUUUUCUAUUUUUUCACUGUUUGUCAAGGGGUCAUAUUGUCAACAAUGCGCACUUAUAUUUGAUUUUUGUUUUGAUUCUCGUUCUGACUUAUGUCUAGGUUACAUUUUCUUGUGUUUGAGUCUGACAUUUAAAUUUAAUAUUUUAAUUUUUUUUGGUGAUUAAAAUUGAAGUAUAUUUAUACUUGCAUAUUAGUUUUCGAACCAAACAAUGACUAGCUCAACACUGGAUCGUGUGGAAGCUGAGGAAAUUGUAUAUUCGGAGGAAGUUAAGAGGGGAUGGACAGAUGUUCCACACAUCCAUAAAUGCAUAGCCCUGACAGACUACUUGUCUCUUUCCAGCACUGUUUUGCAGGCUCUAGUUCAUGUUCCAGCCUUUGUUCACUGGCUUAUUUAUUCACCUGGUCACUCAGUAAACCAGUGUUGCCUAGAGCAGUGUCUAGUAUGUGCUCUUAUUGACUUUCUCUCCCUAUUUCAAAUGGAACGUGUCUAUCAAUCCGAGAAAUUUUGCAGAAUCAUCACAGGUGUCUCAGAGGAAAAAGAUGCCCAAAAAUAUUUGGAGAAAUUUAUUACAAGAUUGCAUGUAGACUUCAUUAAAUCAUAUGCCCCUAAAAGGCGGUUGAGUCUUCAGAGUGAGAGAACAUCACCUGUUUUUCAAAUUUUUGGUGGAUUAUGGAAGAUUUCAGCUUUAUGUUGUGGCAAGACUUACAAAAUAUUGAAGUCUUCCCUGAAUAUUGCUGUACCUCUCACUUCCUCUCACAUCCAAUCAUGUUUGGAUGCAGCAAUUCAAGAAUUGUCAACAAAAUGUCUUUGCAGUGAAUGUGGAAGUGAGCUGUGUGCUGCAUCUGUAUCAGUUGAUUCCCCACCCACUGUGCUGUGCCUCAACUUGGAAAGAUUUCAGGAAGAUGGCUCUAUAGAUGACAGGGAAGUUUUGGUGGAACCCAGAAUCACUUUAGACAAAAAGUAUUCCUACAACCUUCUGUCACUUAUUCUGGCAAAUGGUAUGUCAAGGGAAGCGGCCACCUAUUUCCCAAUCACUAUCUGCCCAGGAGGUGUGAUACAUGAGUUUAGAGGAGCAUCUGAAUCAACUCCAAUCAAACCUGUCACAUCUGUUGAAAAGAAUUGGACAGUGUCUCCAAUUCUGGACAGCUCUAGUACUCCUACAACACAGGUAAGCUUACCCUAA